AUGUCACUUUCCCCAGAAAAACGUGGCCGUCACACCCGCCCUCGCUCCAGCUCCCGUGGACCUACCAAGUUAGCCAAAUCGUCUUGUUUCAGCAAACACAAAAUUGCAUGUCUCGCACUGCAAGCCUCAAACAACGACCUGGAAGCGCGUAUCACACACAUUCGCGGAAAUUUGAAUCAGCUCGAGCGAGAGAUUUCAGUCCUUUCACGCCAUUUAAAGCAAUACAGCCACAAUCCAUUCCUGGAGACCUGGCAGGCUGACCUUCUCACUCGCCUCAUCGAGGUGGCCUAUGUCCGCCAGACGAGAAAGCUGCCCGCAGGGGUCUCCAUCGGCGAAACGAACACUGCAGAAAGAGAGAUCCUCUCUCGAGCUUAUAGCAAUGCGGCUCGCCGAGUGCAUUGGAGCACGCUAGACAGUCUUGGUCUUGACGUGAGACACCAUGAUGCGUUGCAGCGUUACUCUGAUAUCGCUGUUUAUCGGAGUCCAAAUCCCUUCGACACAGAGACUCCAUUCGCUGAGUGGUUGGUCGAGCAGAGUCAGGAAAAGCCGGACUUGUUUGCAUUCUGGGCAAGUCUCUAUCCAAUCUGCUACGGUCGUUCCGUAUACGAAAGCCUAGUCAUCGCCUGA